AUGUCAAACUCGGAUUUUGACCGUUACGAUUGGAUGUUCACCUCGCCCCUAGCAAAGAAAGAACGUGUUGAGGGUCUUGAAGAAACCAAAAGCUCUUCGGUGAGACGUCCUUGCUCUCGAAAAACAACAAAGGACAAUCGCAUAGACAAGGACUCCUCUAAACCCGUAGUUACUUGCUCUCCGGAAGCGAAUGACGGUGGCAUGGAAAAGGUCAAAAGGCUCUCGAAAAAGAACUCCACGUCGAAAGUCCAGCAAGCGAAUCCGGAAGAGACACGCCCAAAUCGACUUGAUAAAAAGGCGUCACCUGCACCCUCUAAAAAAAGGAAGGCGAUCCUCUCCACAAAUGAAGAGAGUUCGAAGUUCGUAGAGCCUGACUUAUCUGCAGAAUCCCCUAAAUCCGCAAAAAAAUCCUGCUUGCGUAAUCUUCCUGAAAUUCCAACGGAUCAAGUUCCUAUUUUCAAAUCUUCCGAAUUUGUGGCUGAAGCGUCUAAUAUUAUUCAUUCCAGCGACAUAAUAGUCGAAUUUAAUAACGAAAACAAAGAUAAGAAACGAUAUUAUGAAGACUUUUGUCGUCCGAAAGCAAAAAGUCAUGACGAAGAAUAUCGUAAAUCCAUGAAUUAUGAAGGGAUAUUGGAAGUCAGUUUGGAAUAUCCUGGGUCUGAAGUUCAAGAAAGGCAUAUAUUUGUGGCCGAAUGCAUAGGUCACCGUAAUAAAGACGAAUACAAACCUAUUGAUGAUCUUUUACGAACAGUGAAAAUAAUUAUUGAAACAAUGUUGACACAAGAAGCAGCUAAGAAGUUUGAAAACCCCAAUAUCUUGCUUAAAAAAGAAAAAUCUACAAAAAGGGGUAAUAUCGAGAGGAGGUUAGACAGAGCUAAGAAUCGUGGAAAUUUUGACGAUUUUGUCAAUGCAGUUGAUAUAUUUAACCAAUAUUUACAAGACGAAAAAAGGAAAGGUGGAUUUCUCGCUGACCAUGUGAUUAAUCCCGAUCCCUAUGAUUCGGAGUAUCGGCAAUUAAUUCACCAUAUCGUUCAACAAGUUUACGAUCGCGUGGUCGCUCCACACGUGGACAUAAUCAAAAAAGGACGUGGAAAGAGCGAAGACUACGGAGAACUCCUACCUCCUUUCAUUGAUGACAUUAUCGAAAAAACUAAACUGAACCGUGAUUCGGUUUUUUUUGAUUUGGGUUCGGGGGUUGGGAACGUUCUGUUGCAAGUGGCUGCUCAAGUGGGGUGCAAUGUUUAUGGGGUUGAGAUCAAUGAUGCACGGUAUCAAAUUUCAAUUCGACAAUCAAAAGAAUUCCUGGCAAGAUGCCGUUUGUAUGGUAUAAAAUCAGGGAAAGUAACAAUUGCGAAAAUUGAUUUGAAUUCACUUUCAAAGAACAGAGAAUUAUUUGAAUCUUUCAAGAAAGCUUCUGUAGUUUUAGUGAACAAUUUAAAUUUUAGUCCAGAAUUAAAUUUCUUGCUAAGUAACCUCUUCCUGGAUUUACCACCCACGAGUCAAAUUGUUUCCCUAUUAAGCUUUGGUGGGUCGGUUACCGAAACUAAAAGAUCGGAUUUGAUUGCAGUAGAAAAUGUUAAUGUUGUCGCAUAUCAAGAGAACUGGACAAUACCAAAUGAGAUAAAUAUUGACAACGGGACCGAAAUCGGUAUUAAUUUGGCCAAGGGAUAG